AUAAAAUAAAAGAACCUGGUCAAAGCAUAACGAAUGCCGUUUAAAGGUCCUCGCAGUUUCGCUCGGUUAUCGGCGUGUUGGUGUUGCGGUCACCUUUUUGUGUACUUCAGGCGAAAUUCGGAGUUUCUAGCUACCUGUGUGUUAGGCGUGCCCCAGGACAUUCUGCUGGAUGUGUGAAUUCCUUGUGCAAAUGGUUACCGUUCCUUACUUGCUGUCGAAUAUUGAACCAUACAAGUAAAGCUAAAUGCGUGCUGCGUCUGGGCGACAUGGGCUACGGCCUUACGUUUGAGUAAAAGAAAAACGCUAUAUUGCAAUUUGGUGUCAGCUUAUACCUUCUCUGGAGGAUAACUAAGUUUAUAAAAUAAAUCGUAGAAGUGUAGGCUAACAUAAAAGUGAUAGGAUACUUUCCGGAAGUGCCAGUGGGUGAGAUUUGUCCUGGUUCAUUCGCAAGUUGAGGUUGAGGGGCCAUACUUUGCGUGUUUUCCUAGCUAUUGGAUAUCACGAGUAACAUACAUGCAUUGUGUUUCGUGUGCGGUAUAAUUGACGGUUGUUCGGCAAAUAUCCGCUUCGUUUCUCUAUGAGCUGGACUAUGCGUGAACUGUGAUCGGGGUAUAAAAUUUUACACGAUUUGUUGGUUAGUGUAGACUGUCGGUGUUCUGGCCACAACAAAUCGUUUUAAACGUCGUUGAACAAUAGACUCUCUGGUCUCUGUUGUGAAUAGAAACACAUUGAAACCGAACCAUAACAUCUAAUGAAGGAUGGACAUCGUACCAGAAGGAAACAAUUUCGUGAUCGUUAAUGAAAGCGAACUACCAGCAAUGAUGGAAGAGCUGGAAAAAUAUUUUCCUCAUUCUUUAAAAUUCCAUCAAACUAUUAAAACGUACCUGAAUGAUAGAGUAUGGCGAUUUCAAUUUUAUAGAGCAAAGACUUGGCCAGAAGAUCCCGUUUGCUUGCAUUUCCCAGGCUGCACAUACACGCCGGAUAAUAGAACAAACGAAAGCGUAGGUAUUUUUUGUCCGCCAGACAAACUAGAGCGAAUGGAUCUGAUUAAAGAGGAGGACAUUCUUUUUGAAUGGCAUAGUCCACUGUACAUGAACUUUACCCAUGUAGGCAUCAUGUUUAAGAUGGAAGAGAUUUAUCGGGAGAAAGUUAAUGGAAAGCUAGAUGGGCAUAUCUACGGGGACAUUUACGUGCAUGAAUGUCCAGCUGAAUUAGAUUUACCUUUGGAACCGUUAGCAGCGAAUGAAGUGAUCAUGAAACCGUUGUGUAUCGACGAUGUCAAGGAUAUUCACGAUUUGUACCCAGCAGGUGAUAUCGAAAGCCUUGAGCUGUUUGAAAAAUUAGUCCGUCAGCUUCCGGGAUUCGGCGUGUUCAAUCAAUUGGACAACGAGCUAGCUGCAUGGAGUUUGCAGUCCUACUACGGUGGAAUGUUUUCCAUGCAAACAAAACCUAAAUUUCGAAGAAAAGGGUACGGUAUUCAACUUGCACAAUCUCUGACAAAGUUGGUAAUCCAACGGGGCUACAUACCGUUUGUUGUCAUAAGGCCUGAAAAUGAUGCUUCCCGUGGACUCUACAUGAAACUCGGUUUUCGAAAAGCUUUCGAGAGUGUACGUGGCACAUUUGUGCCAUUUGCUGAAGAAAAUCAUUCUCAGAUUGGUUUGCCAACUGACGUACAAAGUGGAAUAUCCACUGAUGAUAUAUCUCGAAACCCACAUUGCACAAUAGAACCGUCUGAAGUAACAAACGGUAUCCUUGCGGACAAAGAAAAGAAUAUAUGCUGAAUUUUAUUGAACGUUAUUAAACACGGGAAAAGGCACGUGCAGAUUAUAUUGAUAAAGUGAUCUUCGAAAACGUUUUAAAGUAAAAUAAAAACCAGGUUCCAUAUUUAUCAUUAUAUCGAAAACAUCCUGCAACCCACAAGGAUUAACCGCUAAUGCAACUAAAGCUAAAGCAGCAUUAGCAGAUGCGGCAAAAGCAGUAGCGGCGGCAGCAGCAGCAUAAACAUUAGCGGCAGCAGCAACAGCAGCAGCAGCAGCAGCAGCAGCAGCAGCAGCAGCAACAGCAGCGGCAAUAGCAGUAGCAGCAAAAGCAGCAGUAAUCGCAGCAAUAACAGCCGCAAAUACAGCAACAGCAGCAGUAAUGAUUAUUCUAACAAUGGGUUUCUGCUGCUGUUUUGCUGUCAUAUAGCCGCACCCGCAACAGCCUAUGCAGUCACAAAUAAUAGAUAGUUUUCUUAUAUAAAUUUCGAACCAAUAUAUAACUUUGCUUU